UUAAUUUUGGUCAAAGUUACUUUAUUGUCCUGUUUCCCCUCACGCAUUUCAUUGAGUCCAACACUACGAUAAACACAUUCAUUGACUGUGUUUUGAUAACCAGGUCAAUCUGACUUAGCUUUUUUCCUGCGACUGUGGCUGAGGUGGAGAGAAAGGUUGUGACCCCUUGUACACUGAAUUUAUGUUGUAGGUGUAUUUUAUUCAAUAAUAAAUUCUUUUUGGGCCAGUGUCAGUAUGAUGGCUGUGGGAAUGAUUUCAGUUCAGAAUAAACACUACACUACUGCUCCAUUGUACGUUACUUGAAUUCAAACUUUCAGAGUGAUUCAAAAUAGUCCCAUAGAAACAACAUGUUAGAGUAGAAUUUUUCAUGGUUCGGGGGACGUUUAUAUUUUAAAACAUCAUUAACUCAUCUACUGAGAGUUUAAUGUUGUUUAUUACUAACGAAGCGAACAAUUCCUGUAAUCUCUCGAAAGAGAAUCCAAACAUUCUAUUCAUGGGGAAUAUAUUUAUUAAAAAUCUAAUCAAGUCCGACAUCACUAGCAAUGAACGAAUCGUUUCUUGCUUAUGGUGUGCACCUGGGUUACGUUUCAAAUGAAAUAUAAAGACAGGACCCACCCCUUCAAAAAAACAGCGGUUACCCAUAGGUCAAGGGGUCAUAAUGAUAACAUUGUGGUCAUAUCCUGCCAUUUAAUACUAGCUGCCAGCCUACCUGAGAAAGACCCUGACUGAAAGCUGAAUGCUGUCAGAGAGAGAGAGAGAAACAGCGUGUGCAGGUAGAAGGACGUCUGAUGGAGCAAACAGCCCGAAUAAACUGAGACUACUUGGAGAGUGAUUCAGGAAGCAGUUGAGUAUAUCAUGGCUGGAGCUACAACGUUAACCAUGAGGCCAUUUGCACAAACACAACUUUUGCUGUACCUCUGCUUAACAUCUGGUAAGUCAUGUGGUAAAUUCAGAAAAUGUCCCAUACUCACAUUACCACUCAGAUGUUUGGACAUGCCUUUCUUCAAUUUUUUUUUACUAUUUUUUACUAUUUUAGGAUAAUUGACAUUACCACUGUAACACAAUCAGGACUUUUUUUUUAUCUUUUCUUUUCUUUUCUGAAUCUAACAAAGCGCUUCACAAUUCUCCAAAUUCUAAAUCCGAAUUAUUUGUUUGGGAGACAGAUUCAUUUGAAGUUAAAAACUCCUUUUAAAACUAAUUUAAGUAAAAUAUCCGUUAUCGCUAAAACAAAAUGCUUCAAAAUAUCUUUAAGAGAAUUUUAAAAAUAUAUAUUCAAUAUACUCUAUCCAAACCUUUGACUGGUAGUGGUGCAUCAUUUCUAAACACUCAGUCAUCAUAAUCUUAUCUGAAAUUUGUUCAUUUUCCAUGAAUGAAUAGUGCUGGUCAGGAGCUGGACCUACACGUAUUCCAAUCAGACGAUGAGCUGGAUACAAGCCAAGGAGUGGUGUGAAAAUCACACCCAGAUCCUGAUGUUUAUUCAAAAUGAAGAAGACAACAACUACCUUAAAGAUAAUCUCCCAAAGAUAAAGCCCUACUAUUGGAUUGGACUCAGAAAGACUGAGGGCAAUUGGACUUGGUUGGGGACGGCAAAGAUGUUGGAGGGUAAUGGAUCCUGGAGUAAUAACGAACCGAAUAACAAAAAGCAAGAUGAGGACUGUGUGGAAAUAUACAUAAAUACAGAGAAUUCAAAUGGCAAGUGGAAUGAUGAAAAGUGCACCAAACAGAAGCAUGCCUUGUGCUAUAAUGCAUCAUGUUUCGAGACGUCAUGUAGCAAGCAUGCCCAGUGUGUGGAGAACAUCAGCAACUACACAUGCAAGUGUAAUCCAGGAUUCACUGGUCCCAAGUGUAUGGAAGCUGUUCAAUGCCCUUCGAUUACCACUGUGCCCAGUAAUGGGAGAAUGACCUGCAGUCAUUCUACCAACAGAUACAACUCUACAUGUGUGUUCAGCUGUGACGAGGGCUUCGAACUGAGAGGUUCACACACAACCCUGUGUGAUCACACUGGACAGUGGACACACAACACCCCAACCUGCACAGGUACUACUUCAAAUAUCAAGAUAAAACAUACAGUAUAGGACAAACUUUUCACAUAAAAUAACACAAAUUUACAUAUUUCGU